AUGAAGCGAAGAGGUGGAGGAAUGAAACCUUGGCAAAAUUACCAGACACAGGGAACGAUCGAGGCAGAUACCAAUCGACACGGACGAAGAAGCUUCGAUUUCGGUGAAAUCGUCACAACCCCUUUACUGGAGCGGGAUAAAAUUCUAAAUUUGAUGGUAUCAACAACGAAUCUUCUCGCCAAACCCGGUCGAAAGCCUUUGAGAUUUUGGGCGAAACUAAGUGGGUCACUGCGUAGACCAAAAUUGAAUUCAACAGGGACUGUGAGCUAUAUACCAGGUGCGUCAUUUUUAAGGUUAACUCUGAAAAAUCUCCUGGAGCAUGUUUCGGCGGCCAUAGCUUCCAAUUCCUUUGAAAGGUUCAAUUAUCAAUCUUACUUCAACUGUUUUUUUGCUUUGCCUACAUCACUCAUUGGCAUUCGGACGAAAAUAAUUCAUAUUUUCUUUAAUAUAGAUUGCUUCAUCCGUGGUGUUGGCUAUCAUCAUGCAGGUCUAACUGCAGAAGAUCGUGAAAUUGUGGAAAAGGCGUUUGUCUCCGGUUAUCUGGCAGUUCUGGCUUCGACAAGCACACUAGCCAUGGGUUUGAAUCUGCCGAACACGGAACAACUGAUAAACGGGGAUUUGCGUGGUUACAACGCAACACAAUUGUCCCAGAUGAUUGGCAGAGCUGGUAGGCCUCCGGUGAGUCAUAUUGUUUUGUUCUCUAUCCUCCACUCAUUUCACGGGUUGAUUGACCAAUUUGGUUGUGGCCAUUAUACGGUCAACACAAACCGGAGACAAGCAGAACAAUAUCAGCCCAUUCGUAUCUGGAGCUGUCUUGGAGACAAUGGAAUUUCCAAGUCAUUAAUUGCGUUUUGA